AUGGCCCCUUACUGUAGCGGUGAAGUGGUGUCAUCUACUUGGCUGUGCUGUGAACCCUAUGGCAGAAUGCCAGUUUGUAUGGUAAGAGGAUGUAACACUUCUUCCAGAAACAAGACAGAUGACAUAAUGCUGCACUCCUUUCCCCCUGACAAGGAAAGUGUAAAGCAAUGGUUGAUGCAAAUGAAACAAACGUUUGAUGACUUGGAAGGAUUUGUGGAAAAAAUUGUUAGCAGCACAAGAGGAACUUAUAGAAUCUGUUCUCUGCACUUUACUCCUGAAAUGUAUGAACUUAGAGGAUUCCUACCCUUUUUGAAGAAAAAAGAUGCUAUCCCCACUAUAUUUCCAGACUGUCCACCAAUGCAAUAUUCAACGAAAAAUAGCAAAAAGCAUAUUGCUAGUCCAUUGUCUGAGCAGCGCAUAGUUACAGGAAUGUUUCAGCCUGAAGAUGUAAUUUCCUAUCCACUGCAAGAUUUCCCAGAGUUUCCUUUAGAACAACAUAGAUUACAGAUGUCAACACCUUCCUCCGAAAUACUCUCAGCACUACAAAAAUCAGGACCAACCUUUUCACGUAAAAGAAAAUACAGACCACGAGCUAUAAAAACUAUUGGAACUAUGAUUGGGUUCUUUCCUGGACAGGUACAUAAAUCUACUCAAUGUGAUAUACCAACUCGGACUAAGGAUAAGAGUUUUCAAAUACAAAUAAGACCAUCUCGCAGAUCAGUUGGAAUACAAUGUGAUAUUAGCAGUUCAACCUGGCUUACAAUUACAAACAAAAACAACUGUUCCUGGAACACUUAG